CGCAUUAGAAGCCAGUUGGUGAGCAGGAGAGCUACAUCAAACGCCGACCAAUCAAGUAUUAAUACAAUCGCAAUCGCGAGUGCAAUUCAUUUCAAUUCAGGAAUUAUUAAAUAAAAAUUAUGGCGUCCGAGGCAAAAAUAGAUCCAAUUGCCAGCAAAAUUCCCGAUUGGGUGCAAGCCGAAAACUUUGUUGACGUGCUGAAAGAAUCCGUAGGGGGAUUCUCCAAAAUGAGCUUCAAAGCAAUCAGCGGAUCGGCGGCUGGCGAGAACUAUGCGACUGUAAUGCUGCGAGUGAAUAUAGAAGUCGUGUUAGAUGAUGGCAAAGAGAAGAAGGUAUCGUACAUGCUAAAAGUGCCGCAUAAGAUCGAUAACAUACCCAUGAUGAUGAUGCAAAGAAAUAUGUUCGAGGCAGAAAGAGCCAUGUAUCAGAAGGUUGUUCCAGAGAUGGAACAAUUGUACCGUGAUGUUGGCUUGGAGGUAAACUUCGGCGCCAAGUCUUAUGAAGUCAAGGGUGCAAAGACUGACUACAUACUUCUAGAAGAUCUCGCUCCCCGAGGCUUUAAGAAUACCAAUCGUCUAGAGGGUCUCGAUCAGGUUCAUACUGAAUCUGCACUGCGAAAGUUGUCGCAGUGGCAUGCAGCCUCUGCGGUGCGUGUGGCCACGAAAGGAGCCUAUCCAGAGAACCUAAUGGUUGGAUUCUACACGGAACAAAAUCGUGCCAUGAUGAUCGAGAUGAACAAGAAUUUAUCACAGAGCUUUCUUCAAUGCUGUGCCACAUACGAUGGAAAUGAGGAGUACUUCGAGCAAGUGAAAGCCUUGCAACCCAGGAUUUACGAUAAAGUUUAUAAAAUGGUUAAAAUUGAUCCAAAUGAGUUCAAUGCAUUGAACCAUGGCGACUUCUGGAGCAAUAAUAUGAUGUACUCCCACGAUUCGUUUGGCAAAAUCAAAGAGAUCUAUUUAGUUGACUUUCAAUUGCCCAAAUUUGGGUCUAUUGCUCAGGAUCUGUAUUAUUUCCUACUAUCCUCCACGAAAUUUGAGGACAAGCUGACUAAAUUUGAUUAUUAUAUCAAGUUUUACCACGAGAGUCUCGUUGAACAUCUGAAACUACUCAAGUAUUCGAAGGCUAUCCCAUCUCUGCGCGAUAUUCACUUAUCGCUCUUCAAGAAUGGUCUAUGGGGUUACAUAACCGCAACGAGUGUGAUGAGUGGCAUUUUAUUGGAUCCCACCGAAGCUGCCAGUGUUGAAAACUUUCUUAGUGAUACCACUGAGGGAAACGACUUCAAGAACUUACUCUAUUCCAAUCCUCGCUAUCGUAAGCACAUCCAAGCUGUUCUUCCUUGGCUUCUGAACCGCGGUGCCCUAGACCCCUAAGCAACUUUAUUUUCUCUUCUUAAAUUUGUAUACUGCAAUUUUAGCCUUGAAGUAAACUGUUUGCUAUCACGUCAAGAUAAUUCAAUGUUGUGUGUGAUAACGAAUUUAACACUUGUAAUUGAGGAAAUAAAAAAAUAAAAUAUCGAUUGCAUGUC